GGAGCGAGCGAAAUUCAAUCUCCGGCGGAGAUUCCUGGGACCUAACCCGAAAGUCAUGGAGGCGUCCCAGGGGUUUGUGGAAGCCGAGGCUUUAAGCCCAGAGCAGGCUGCCCGUUACCUGAGAUACGUGAAAGAGGCCAAAGAAGCAACUAAGAAUGGAGAUCUGGAAGAAGCAUUUAAACUUUUCCAUUUGGCAAAAGACAUUUUUCCCAGUGAAAAGCUAAUGAGCAGAAUCCAAAAACUACAGGAAGCCUUGGAGGAGUUGGCAGAUCCUGGAGAUGAUGAAUUCACAGAUGUGUGCAACUCUGGCCUGCUGCUUUAUCGAGAACUGCAUGACCAACUAUUUGAACACCAGAAGGAAGGUGUAGCUUUCCUAUACAGCCUAUACAGGGAUGGAAGAAAAGGUGGUAUCUUGGCAGAUGAUAUGGGAUUGGGGAAGACUGUUCAAAUCAUCGCUUUCCUUUCUGGUAUGUUUGAUGCUUCACUUGUGAAUCAUGUGCUGCUGAUUAUGCCAACCAGUCUUAUUAGCACAUGGGUAAAAGAAUUUGACAAGUGGACUCCAGGAAUGAGAGUCAAAACCUUUCAUGGUCCUAGUAAGGAUGAACGUACCAGAAACCUCAGUCGGAUUCAGCAAAGGAAUGGUGUCAUUAUCACUACAUACCAAAUGUUAAUCAAUAAUUGGCAGCAACUUUCAACCUUGAAUGGCCAAGAGUUUUUGUGGGACUAUGUCAUCCUUGACGAAGCACAUAAAAUAAAAUCUUCAUCUACUAAGUCAGCAGUAUGUGCUCGUGCUGUCCCUGCCAGGAACCGCAUCCUCCUCACAGGAACCCCAAUCCAGAAUAAUUUACAAGAACUGUGGUCCCUUUUUGAUUUUGCUUGUCAAGGGUCCCUGCUAGGAACAUUAAAAACCUUUAAAAUGGAGUAUGAAAAUCCUAUUACUAGAGCAAGAGAAAAGGAUGCAACUCCAGGAGAAAAAGCCUUGGGAUUUAAAAUAUCUGAAAACUUAAUGGCAAUCAUAAAGCCCUAUUUUCUCAGGAGGACUAAAGAAGAGGUACAGAAGAGAAAGGAAAGCAACUCAGAGGUCAGACCUUGUGAAAAGAAUCCAGAUGUUGAUGCCAUUUAUGAAAUGCCUUCCCUUUCCAGGAAAAAUGAUUUAAUUAUUUGGAUACGUCUUGUACCUCUACAAGAAGAAAUAUACAGAAAAUUUGUGUCCCUAGAUCACAUCAAGGAAUUGUUAAUGGAGACACGCUCACCUCUGGCUGAGUUAGGUGUCUUAAAGAAGCUGUGUGAUCAUCCUAGGCUGCUCUCUGCACGGGCUUGUCAUUUGCUGAAUCUAGGGGCUGUCAGAUUCUCUGUUCAAGAUGAAAAUGAAGAGGAAGAUUCCUCAGAUGUGGACCAUAUUGGUGAAAUAUCUGAUGAUACACUGAUGAAAGAAUCUGGAAAAAUGAUAUUUCUAAUGGACCUUCUUAAGAGACUGCGAGAUGAAGGGCAUCAGACUCUGGUGUUUUCCCAAUCAAGACAAAUUCUAAACAUCAUCGAACGCCUCCUAAAGAAUAGACACUUUAAGGUAUUGCGAAUCGAUGGAACAAUUACUCAUCUUAUGGAACGAGAAAAAAGAAUUAGCUUAUUCCAGCAAAAUAAAGAUUACUCUGUUUUUCUGCUUACCACUCAAGUAGGUGGUGUUGGCUUAACAUUAACUGCAGCAACCAGAGUGGUCAUUUUUGACCCUAGCUGGAAUCCUGCAACUGAUGCUCAAGCUGUGGAUAGAGUUCACCGAAUUGGACAAAAAGAAAAUGUUGUGGUUUAUAGGCUAAUCACUUGUGGGACUGUAGAGGAAAAAAUAUACAGAAGACAGGUUUUCAAGGACUCAUUAGUAAGACAAACUACUGGUGAUAAGAAGAACCCUUUCCGAUAUUUUAGUAAACAAGAAUUGAGAGAGCUAUUUACAAUCGAGGAUUUUCAGAUCUCUGCAACCCAGCUGCAGCUUCAGUCUUUGCAUGCUGCUCAGAGGAGAUCUGAUAAGAAACUAGAUGAACAUAUUGCCUACCUGUAUUCUUUGGGGAUAGCUGGAAUCUCAGACCAUGAUUUGUUGUACACACGUGAUCUCUCUGUUAAAGAAGAGCUUGAUGAGUUAGAAGAUUCUCACUAUAUACAACAAAGGGUUCAGAAAGCUCAAUUCCUGGUUGAAUUUGAGUCUCAAAAUACAGAGCUCUUAAUGGAAAGACAAAGAACUAGAAAUGAGGGGAUCUUGCUGAGAGAACUUGUAUUUACUUCUAAAAAAAGGGAGAAACGCCCUGAAGUGAAUAAACCACAACCUCAGCCUUCACUUCUUUUAACUACUCAUCAUACCCAGGAGGAAGAAAUCUGUUCCCAAAUGGCAAGUGUGAUCAUUGAUCUGCCUGAAGAGAGUGAGAAACACUAUCUUUCAAAUACAAAGAUGAGUGUUACCAUUGGACAAGAUGGUGGGCACCCACAUGAAAGGACAUUUGAUGCUGACUUUGUAGCUUUACCCAAGGAGUGUGCAAGUGUAGAAGAAAUUUGUACCAAUUCUUUAUUGGGAAUGACUCUACAAAAAGAGGCAUCACGAGAGGGGCCUACACAGGAGGUAGUGCAAGACAAUACUCUGGGAAGUUUUAAUUAUUUGCUUAGUGAAUCUGUUAGAGCUGAUCUUGGGCCAAAUCUAGAUGAACAAAAGGAUGAUGAGAUUUUACAUCAGUGUAAUCCCUGGCCUAUUAAUCCCAUAACAAAUGAAAAUCAAGAUACAGAAUCAAAUGCAUCUGUUAUUGAAAUAACUGAUGGUGACUUGUCAGCAUCCCAUAGUGCACUGCAGGAUGCUCAAGCAAAGGAGACCAAGUUGCAAGAGGAACCUUUAGCAUCUUCAUUACAGUAUAUGUGCGAUUUCAAUCUCUUCUUGGAAGAUUCUGCAGACAAUGGACAAAAUCUUGCUAGUCAGUCUUUGGAGCAUGUUGAGAAAGAAAAUAGCUUGUGUGGCUCUGAGGCAAAUUCUAGAGCAGAGUUUGUGCAUAGCAAAGCAGGGCUGAGUAUGGAUCUUUCUGAGGAAGAUGAUGAGUCAGAAGUAGUAAAUGUAAAGGUUAGAAGUAAAACAAGAAGGAUCGUUUCAGAUGGUGAAGAUGAACAUGAUACUUUUAAAGAUACUUCUAGCACAGAUCCAUUCAACACAUCUCCCCUUCAGUUCUUACCUAUAAAACAGUUUGAUGCUUCAACCCCCAAAAGUGGCACCAGUCCAUCUGAAAGGUUCUUUUCACCUAAAAUAGCUAAUAGUAUAAAUAAGUCUAUAAACUCUAGAAGAUCCCUGGCUUCUAGGAGGUCUCUUAUUAAUGUGGUUUUAGACCACGUGGAGGAUAUGGAGGAAAAACUUGAAACCAGCAGUGAAGCAAAGGUAGCUGAAGAUUAUCUGGAGGAAAGAACUGAGGAAAGCAGUGGUGAAGACUCGGACUGUACAGAAGAGGAACCUUCCGGAGAAACCCUGUCUCCAGAAAGUAAGUCCAGCUGCAUAACUACACCUAAGUCUGGUGCUCUAGCUCAGGAGACCUCUCCUGGUGACCCUGGGCUUUUGUCUGGUGGACAGUUGGUGGAUUCUCCUCAGGAUAAGGAUAAGGCAGGAGAGGCUGCAAAUGACUAUGAGACUCUUGUAAUGCGUGGAAAAGCAUUGAAAGAGUGUGGAAAAAUACAGGAGGCCUUAAACUGCUUAGUGAAGGCACUUGACAUAAAAAGUGCAGAUCCUGAAGUCAUGCUCAUGACUUUAAGUUUGUAUAAGCAACUUAAUACAACUUGAGAAUAACCUGUGUAUUGUAUUCCAAAACAAAACAGUAUGAGGUAAUUUGUUGUAGUUGGAGUCUUUGGGAUCAUGAAGCAUUCAGGCUUAAGGUGAGAGAGAUCUCAAAAGGCAAGUUUUGUUCCUAACUGUUUUGUAAAUUCUGCCUUUACCCACUGUUUCUGCGCCCCCCCCCCAUACAUAUGUUCUGAUAUUGUUUUAGGCAUGCGCUAUAAAUCUAAUAGAAUGUUAUUUUUAGAAAAUUUUUCUGUGAAAUUACUCUAGCCAUUUUAAAAUGUAUUCUGAAAAUGAUCACUUUUGUAUA